GGCCCAUUUUUCGAAACACGUUAAGGUAUUAAACGUCAUAAUUUCAUAGAAGUUUGACGUUUCAAAUAACACUUGCACUAUCUGGGCUGUCAAAUCGCUGCCAACUUAUCUACAAUUUUAAAAAGUAAUUUACAGAAUAUGCGUUGCAAUAGAAGCAAGAUUAAUCGAUAGCUUUGAUUUUAUCGACUCUUCACUCUACGCGCAUCACUAAAUUGACGCAUGCGCCACAAUUCAAUUGCAAUCAGCUGUCAGAAAGAACAUAAUCACGUAAAAAACAAAAUUAUUUGUGUCUUUAGAUAAUUCCCGUCAAUAUGGCGGGGCAAAAUCCGGGUUCGCCGACUGACUUUCAGUACUUUUACGAAGAUGAAGUGUAUAAAAUCAACAAUCACGGCCAAGUGGUCUUCGGUCUGGUACUCGAGAACUAUGAAGCCAACUCCAGCGACCAAGAAAGCGAUAUGGAGACACCCAUUCAAAAAGGCGAAAUUCGUGUUGUGUGGCAUCCGUCAGGCACUGAACGUGUCAUAUCAGAGAAAUCGGUUGGUUUGGCCGAUCGUUCCCUGAUGCCGGGCGACGUGGUCCGCCGCCUCAUCGCCGGCAAGGACACGCAACGUGGCUAUUGUCGCGACAUCGUGAUGACCGCUGCGCUUCAAGUCGUGGGAACUAAACACGUUAUACCUAGUGUUGCUAGUGAACGGCUCCAACCGCUCGAGGAAUUCACACCCGACCUAGCUGUGUGUCUCGACUCGUGGGUCGGCACUUCUAAGUCAGUGAACAGCAAACUCCGUCUGGUAUCAGCGGACGGCUCCCGGCUCGAAUACCCAGACUUAGAGAACUGUCCCCUGGAAGACUACUCCUUGCGUCGUCGUCGCUCCACGCCUUACUCUUCGUCCGAGUUCUACCCCGGCCAGGUGGUUUACGGGCCACUGGGAGCACUGGACAGCGCCACCUGGCUCCACAUGACGAAGGAGAUGAAGGCUGCGAGGAAACAUAAGAUGCAUGAUCAUAAGUUCACCGUGGAAGCCGUGGUCACUGAGAGCGUUGGUGUCCAUUGGCAGUGCCGCGCGCUGUCCAAGGAAACCAAAGAGGCGGCGCCGCAACAACCCAAGUAUCUUGUGGAAGGCGAAGACCUGAAGAACUUAAAGCUGCUGAAUGUGUUCGAGCCGUGCACGCUGCAGGUCGGCGACCGGAACUUCCUCACUAUUGGAGCUGAAGACACCUUCGUCAGCAAGCAACAGUGGCGAAAACAGCAGAGUAAAUUCUAUAGGAGCAUUCGCAAGCAAUCCCGACCAAGUAAGAAGCAGAACUCGGAGCACGUUCCCUCGCGGCCGAAGAAGCGCGCCUCCGCACAUCGCAAACUCAAGUCCGUCGAUAACGAAAUGGAGGUGGACCCCUCAGAGAACACUCUAGAAUCUCUAGACGAGGCGCUAAAGGUGGACUCCAACUGUCCCAGCAUCAAGAUCGAGCCGAGCGCAGACGUAUCUCUGCCCAUUGUCAGCAGUCAGGAAGAUACUGUUACCGAGGAGAAAAAUGACUCUGGAAUUAGCGGGCUAAGUAAAUCGCACAUUCACAGUCCCGAGCCGAACAAGGAGAACAGCGAGCUGCUCAACGGCGACAGCAAAUUGGAGCUCGGGCUUAACGACGACGACUCUGACAACUGGGAGAAUACUAGCAGUGAUGGAAGCGACACCGACAGCGGCGCGACGUGGUCGUCCCGCUGCUCGUCGGCGGCGUCGACGCGCGGCAAGCGCUCGCCGCAGCUGGCCGUGCGGCUGCUGCGCGGCAAGCGGCUCAAGCGCACCGUGCGCCGCGCGCCGCCCGCGCCGCCGCCGCGCCUCGGCGACCGCGUCGUCGUCGAGACGCUGCACACCACCAGCCGCGCCAACGUCGUCUGGCAGGAUGGCACCAUAGAGAUGGGGAUCCCGUCGACCCAAUUGUACCCAAUCCACCAUCUGGACGGACAGGAGUGCUUCCCGGGAGACUUUGUUGUGAGCGGCGCAGCUAACACUGAGGAGAACCAACAUCUAAAACACAGAGAAUAUGGCGUAGUGCAGCGAGUCGACCAUCACGGACGCACCGCCAUCGUGCACUGGUACCGCACCUACACUAGCGCCGACGAGCCUGUUCCUCAAAUGCUCCACGAGAGCGAGAUGAGCGUGUACGACCUGAAGGACCACCCGGACUUCCAAUACAGACCGGGCACGGUCGUCAUCCGGGUGGCCAACUUUACAGGCGAGGACUCCACUUGCACCGCGGGACAGGUGAUCGACAACUUCCCGUCUGGGCGCGUCAAAGUAUGGUGGGUAGACGGACACAUGAGCAUGUGCUGGCCGCAAGACCUCUACAAGGUGGGCGAGUACGACUCCGAGGAGGGCGAGCUGUGGGGCUCGGACGGGUCGGGCUCGGAGGACUCGUGGGAGACGCAGAGCUCCGCGCACGACGCCGAGCCGCGCACGCCCGCCCCGGACAUGACCAUGCGCCGCGAUAUGUUCGAGAACGUGGCUGCGAUCAAGCUCGGCGAGACGACCGUGAGCACCCCCGCCGUGCCCCGCCUCCUGGAGCCUCGAGUAGCGGCGCACAUCGAGCGCGGCAGGGUCGCCAUGCGCCGCCUUGAGGAGAUGUUCGCCAAGCACCCUACUUUGCAAAGCCAGGAGAUCAUGCGCAAGUUACUGAAUCUGUACAAAGAUUGCAGAUUUUUGGAUCGUUUGAUGGGCACAUCUUUCUUCCACGAAGAUCAUUUUCUGGGCCUCCUGGAGCGAGUCCGCGAGCGCGGCGCGAGCACGCCGCGCGCGGGCGAGCGGCGCGUGCACGAGCAGCUGGCGCGGCUGUUCGCGCCCGCCGACCCGCCCGACGACGAGCGCCCGCCGCGCGCCAUCAUCACCGCCAACGUCUGCGUCGAGCCCAUGGAGGUGGAAAACACAACUUCAAAGAAGGAGCCGGAUCUGUCGUCGGAGACCACCUCCCUGCAGCCUUCAGGAUCUGACGCCGGCACUGAUGAUGACAUAACCGUCAUUGCGGAUGCCCCGGCCGUGGAGCCCUCGGACGUGGACGGCACGACUCGCAACGUGUGCUACAAGCUUUGCUCCCUCAUCCACUCGCAGCUCGUGAAGGCGCACAAGGAGGUCAGCCGGAGAAGGCCCCAAGAAUUGGCCGAAUUUCUAAACGGCUUAAUGGAAAAGCAAAACGUGAAUGAAGAGAAGUUACCCUACCACUUUACAGUCCAAUACGGUGCGCUGGUGGUGAGCAUGGCGGACCAGGAGGCGGCCGGCGAGAGCGAGACCGGCCAGGCCAAGGAGCCCGCGCCGGCGCAGUCCACGGAGGGCGUCCCAGCGACAACGGAUAUAGCCCCCCUAGCGACCGCCGAGCCCCUGGACGUGGAGCCCGCGGCGCCGGCGGCCCUGGCGGCCCCGGCCGGCCCCGACGCGGCCCCGGCGGCCCUGGCGGCCCCGGCCGGCCCCGACGCGGCCGAGGGCGGCGAGGGCUUCUGCGUGCUGGAGGCCGCGCCCGCGCACCACCGCUUCCGGCUCUCCAUGCUGCAGCCCUCCGAGCCCAGGAGCUUCUACUCCGCCGUCAAGCGCGAGAUCAAGCUGCUGAAGAGCGACCUGCCGCCCGGGGUGUGGGUGCGCGGCUUCGAGGACCGCAUCGACCUGCUGUCCGUGAUGAUCGCCGGCCCCAGCAAGACGCCGUACGAGGGCGGGCUGUUCGUGUUCGACGUGCAGCUCGGCGGCGAGUACCCGCGCGCGCCGCCGCUGUGCCACUACCACUCCUACUGCACCGACCGCCUCAACCCCAACCUGUACGAGGACGGCAAGGUGUGCGUUUCUCUUCUGGGCACAUGGUCGGGUCGCGGCGUUGAAGUGUGGGGCAAGGACAGCUCGCUGCUGCAGGUGAUCGUGUCUCUCCAGGGGCUCAUACUCAACGCUGAGCCCUACUUCAACGAGGCUGGCUACGAGAAACAGAAGGGCACACAGCAGGGCACGGAGAACUCGCGCAUGUACAACGAGAUGGUCCUGCUGAAGCUGGUGCAGUCCAUGACGAAGAUGCUGAGCAACCCGCCGGAGCCGUUCCGCGCGGAGAUCCUGCAGCACCUGCGCGCGCAGGCGGCGGCGCUGUGCCGGCGCCUGGAGGGCUGGGUGCAGCUGUCGGGCGCGCUGCAGCUGUCGGGCGCGCCGGCGCCGGCGGGCGCGCUGCAGCUGUCGGGCGCGCCGGCGCCGGCGGGCGCGCUGCAGCCGCCGGGCGGCGCGGCCGACGUGGCUCCCCCCGACUUCCCGCUGGUGCCGGCCUCGCGCGGCUUCUGCCUCACCUUGAAGUCCUCCCUCGAGUCGUUCCGCGCCGCGCUCCGUCGCAACGACAUCGCUUUAGAGUUAUAGCCCGAGUAACGCACGCCUAGAUAGCGAUUAGUACUUAAAAUGUUAUUUAUACGCGCUCGUACGUGUACGAAAGCAAAAAAAUACGCCGGACGCGCUCGGGUCUCUCAAAUUGAUGUAGUUAUAGUAUUUAUUGUGAUGUACUUUUUCGACUAUAGGAAUAUUUUAGUCCGAACCGGCGUUAGUUGUAUUGUUUUUCUCGUUUUAUUUAACUUUUGAAUUGAUAUAAUCCGUGCGAGGCGUCGUCGCGUUAGUAUUAUGCAUGUCGGCGGCUCCGUCCUUCGUAUUACUGGUCUAAUAUGACGCCACGGGGUCCGUCUUAUUAUUCAAUCAAAUUCUAAAUGAAUGUUCGAUUUUAUGCGAAAUACCUAAAUCAUUGUUAGAUUUAAUAAUUGAUAAAUUAUUAUAAAUGAUUUGUUAAUCUCUACUUUUCAUGCGUCAUCCUAUAAUGUUCCAAUAGAUUAAUGUUUAUUAAAAUUUUCUUGCGAGACAACGCUCGUGCUGUUAAGUUUUUGCGGCAUGCUAUAAAUUGGAUAAAGACAUAUUUUUAGAUUAUUUCAAAGGAAAGCCGAGAGUCGUCGAGUUUUCGGCAACUGUGAAAACUGUAAGGACGGAUGAAUGAAUUGUGUAAUUUGUGUAUCUCGGCAAAUGAUAUUUUGUGAACGUAUGAUGUUUCGUGGCGUGUUUAAACUGCUGUUUUUUAUGUUAUUGUAAUUUCUUAUUUUUAUUUUAUAUCGCGAGAAUUAUUAUUUUAAUCAAAAAGCGCAUGUUUUUCAUAUAAUUCGAUACCUACGUAUAUUUUAGGAUGGCACUUGUUACACAGUCGUGUUUAGUUAAAAGAAAUCGAUCCGCCGCUUUCUUGUUACCAAUGAUAACAUUUUCACGUAGCGGGACCGUGCCCGACUCACAAUAGUUAACUUACUUCUCCCGGGCGGCAGGCGUUUACCUUCACGCCGUGUAUUAAUGUGUAGUUCAUUCGUAUGCAAAUUUAAUUAUAAUAGUACUGUCAACCAGUGAGUCUAAGCUAAUAGUAUUGUUUCGAGACCUUACUAUGUUCUAUGUUCGGUUCAAUUUCAGUAGUUUUAUUUAAUUAUUUCGUUCAAUAUUGAAAUACCCUUUCCUUCCCUUACAAGUACCAGAUGCCAAAUUUAGAAGAAAGUCUCUGUAAAAUUAAAUUUGUUUUGUAACACCAGUCGGGGACGAGUAAUUUGGUGUUCUGCGAAUGAAGUAUAGAUAAUCUGGUUAAAUCUGUGUUGAUAUGUGGUCUCGAAGCCGGUGCCGCACAAAACUGUUUCAUGCCAAAGUCAAUUGAGCUAUGGAAGGCUUCUGUCGCUUGUGUACGCAGUAAGUGACAACUAUGUAUAAUGGUGAUGAUAAAUAAAAUAAUUCUUCAACCUU